AUGCUCCGUGCGUUAAAAUGGCUCCACCGUUUGCAAGAUGGCGGCAUCGCCAACCAGUUCUUCAUGGCGUUUAUGGUGACCGUACCAGUAUUGAACUUCGGUAUGUUGAUGGGAUGGCAGUCACCUAUGACACCGAUCCUCCAAUCCAAAGAUGGACCAGCUCCGGAACCGAUUUCAGAUGAAACAAUAUCUUGGAUGGCAUCUAUAACUUUCUUCCCUCCUAUAUUCUGCGGCCUACUAGUUGGUGACUUGGCUGAUAGAUGGGGCAGAAAGAUCACCACAUUACUUACAUCCCUCUUAUUAACUAUAAGUUGGAGUAUAACUCUGUUCUCACUGACCCCAUUGGCUCUCAUACUAUCCCGGGGUCUGGCCGGGAUAGCCUGCGCAGGAUGUUACGUCAUCACACCUUUAUAUUUAAAAGAGGUAGCGUCAGACAAAAUCCGAGGUGCGCUAGGCUCUCUGUUCAUAUUGUCACAAAAUUUCGGCUACCUAGUGGUGUACGUGGCCGGAGACAUAUUCUCGUUCAACGCUGUUCUUUGGCUCUGCACCGCUAUACCUCUCAUACACAUGCUGUUCUUCCUUGGAGUACCUGAAACUCCUGUGUACCUCAUCAAACAGGGAAAGGUUAAGGAGGCGAGAGCGACUUUAGCGUGGUUAAGAAAUACGUCGAUUGAUGACAAAAACUUAGAAGAAGAAAUACAACAGAUGGAAAGAGAAGAGGAAUACGCCAAGUCCGUACAGAAAGCUACGUGGCGAAGUUUGGUCAAGGACAAGACGACGUUCAAAGCGUUCAGGCUGUCAAUAAACGUGAUGUUGUCUCAAGAGACGUGCGGCUACUUGGUAGUGCUCAUGUACGCGGGCUCCAUCUUCGAACAGGCGUCAGAGUCCAUCCAUCUUAAGUUGAGCCCCAACAAGCAGACGAUCGUAGUCGGCGCCAUACAACUGCUGGGGUCAAUACUCGCUAGCUGCAUCGUAGAAAAGACUGGCAGGAAGUGGCUGUUAGCAGUGACGUCAUUCGUAACGGGUCUCUCAAUGCUGGGUCUGGGCGCGUGGUUUUUCGUAACAUCCUAUUCAAUAUGGCUGCCGGGCUGGUUUCCGGUGGCGGCCAUGUGUUGUUGUAUAUUCGCUGACGCGGCCGGCUACCAGCCCGUACCUUAUGUUAUUACGUCCGAGCUGUUUUCUUUUCAGCAUCGUGGUAUGGUAACAUCAUUUGUGAGUAGCGUCGACGCUUUGAGCGACUUCCUACAAACAAAAGCUUACGACCCGCUUCUUAAACUACUAGGAAUACAUUGGGUCUUCAUCAUGUUCUCUAUGGUAUGCUUCGCUGGCACAACAUACACUGUAUUAUACGUACCAGAGACAAAAGAUAGAACACUAGAGGAAAUAUACGCCAUCUUGGACAGGAAGAAAGAUAAAAGAAAAGACGAAGAAGCGGGAAAAGUUAAAUUUAAAUUAAAUCUGGACCCGGAUGGAGAGGCUCCGCUCAUAGAUGGCCGGCGGAAACAUAGAGAUAAUAAAAAAUCAUUGAGAGUCCGUAAUGACUUCCUGUUCAGUUUGAACAAAGACGCUCUCAGAAUCCGUGGCGGGAACACAACAGACACAACCAACUAUCCGUAUAUAGCGGCCAUUAUAAUAAACGGCAGGUUAUGGUGCGCGGGAACUAUAGUUGAUGUUAACUGGAUAUUGACAGCGGCACAUUGUUUAAAUUACGUGCUUCACGUAUCACCAAUGAAGACUCUGGGUCAGUAUGUGAAGGUGAGGGUGGGAAGUGCCCAGGCUCAUGAAGGAGGGAUGCUGGUUGAUGUAGCCGGAGCUAUACGACACCCGAAAUUCGAAGAAGAACCAGUACCUCACGCUGAUGUAGCUCUAUUGAAACUAGCUGAGAAUCUCGAAUUCUCAACUCACAUCAAUCUGAUUAAAAUAAACGAAGGCAUGAAAGAGCCUUACGCACAGAGUUUCGUUUCUGUCACCGGCUGGGGAGCGACACGUGGCACAGACACAGCUUUUAGGGAACACACGCCCGACUUGAUGACGGCUCGUCUCAAAGUUCGCACAGUGAGCUACUGUAGAGACGCCUACCAACUGGUCAGCGGCUUCCAAUUCACUGCAGACUUCUUCUGUGCUUCAUUGAGAAACGGCACCAGAGAUGCAUGCUUGUUCGACGCGGGCGCGCCAGCCACGCAACACAACAAAUUAAUGGGCGUCAUGAGCUUCGGGCCCGAGCGUUGUGGACAUGAAUACCAACCGGCCGUGUUCAUUAAGGCUUUUUAUUUCAGGGAUUUCGUGAAGCACACUAUAUCUUCAUACAAGACUACAGCUGAACUGAUAGAAGCGAUGAAAGAUAUCGAUAAAGUUGUCAGACCGCCCAUACACGUGAGACAGGAACACGUGGAACACGUGACCGAAGAAGAAGAGCAAGAAGUCACGGAUCCAGAUUAUAAACACGAUUGA